AUGAGCAUCAGGGAUCAGGGAAAGUCGACGCAGUCUGCUCAGUUUUUAGCCAAUCAGCGGAGAAUUACUGUUGGCAUCAUUUACUACGGAGCUGUCGAGUUAGUCGGGGUGGGUGUUCCUGUUGUGAUUCUCGCUGCUUGCUCCUUUCUCCAUAUUGGAAAUUACAUCGUCGCCCACUUUUUUAUGUUCAUAUUAUGCAUUUAUCCAAUAUCUGGUCCUUACUAUAUAUUGAUGUCAAACCCAGACUACAACAAGAGAGUGAACGAGAUCAGGGAGAAUUUCUGCUCUGAUCUCUGUUCCUCACGUUGCAAUCAAAAGGUGACGUCAGUUUCUCGUGUUCUGUUUGGAAGUAGAACUUCGUAG